CGCAUCCGGGCAUUUACAACGUGAACGGCCGUAUCGAAUGUUGACUGAAAGACAUCGAAAUAAUAAACAGACGGCUAUAUUGCCAAUAACAAAAAUUUCAGUUGGAAAUUAUAUUUGAAGCUGAAAGAGCUUUAAUAAAACAGAUAUAUGUGCAUAUAAAAAUGUGUUUGACAUGUACAAGUAAGGCUGGUUCCCAGUUAACUGGAAAGGAGAUAUACAACUGCCAAUACUCGUCGUAUUAUUUUGUUUUGCGUUAAGUUCAUAUUUCGGUGUUGGAGAACAGUAGCAAGGAUGGAGUGGAUGAUAAUGAAUUGUGAUGGGGUGAAGGGCCUCUGUGGCAGUCUUGGCGACAAUGUACUGGGCAGUUACCAGGCAGCCGAUGACUGUUAUGAAACGCUGACAGCAUUAAUUGAGAACCUACAGGAGGAGGAUCCUAUAGACAGAAGUACGAGGAGACAACUAGCGGCCUCUCAUCUCAUACAACAGGAUUUAGUUCCCCUGUUGACCGACGUUGAGGACAACCCGGAACUUUUUCAACUUGGUGUUCGCCUUCUUGUAAGUCUUACACAGCCGGUAGAAUGUCUGCAGCAGGCGAAACGUGGGGAGAGCAAGAACCAGCAGGGGGAGCCACCAUGGGUGUGGGACGUAAACACAAUGCUCAUGGAGGCUAAAACAUCAUGCUCUGAUAUCAAGUUUAUCAAGGCAGUUUUCUCAGAAAUACAGAAAAUUUUGGAAGAUGCGGGAGAAUAUGACUUGGUAGAAGAAGACUGUGAGUCAAUUAACCAGUGUCUUCUUAUGAUUAGAAAUCUACUGUACAUACAGGACAUAAGGCAGGGGCGAGACUGUCUCUCUGGCGUACAUAUGGUUUUCUUACGAAACCUGUUUCAGUGUGGGAUUGACAAAGUGCUUCUUUUCCUGCUAAAUGCCAAACAAAAGGAUUUCUGGGGAGUGACACUUGUACAGCUUAUAUCUCUACUUUACAGAGACUUGGUCAGCGAGAUAUUUGUACGUAUUGAGGAUCUUUCAUCUUGUGGAGAGGAGUCCUGUGAUUCCUCCAACUGUUCACAUUGUGAAGCAGCGAUGGAUCGCCCAUUUCCAUUUGAUCCCUCAUUCAGGCACUCGCCAACAAAACACAACAGUUGCGAAAGUUCAGGGAAUGUUUCUCCCGAUUUUACAAAGAACACAGUGAGUUGUUCCACAGAAUCUAAAACAAUGAUAUUGUCUGAACAAAAUGACAUUGAAAGUAGAACAACUUCUCCUCUUGCAUUGUGUUUUCAAGACUCUUGCCAGAUAGAUCAGAACUCUGAAUAUUUAUGGCAACAUGAGGAAUGUACAACAGACUCUUGUGUUCAGUGUACCGGCAAUCAGGAUAAAGAUAUGACAAAAGUAGAUCACACAUUAGGAAGUUGUUCCUCAGGCACGUUAAAAAGAACAGGCUUAAAUUCAAGACUGGAAAGUGCGUCUGCAGAUAAUAAAAGUACAGAUUCAAGUUCACCGUUGGAUGAAUUAGGGUCACAGCUGACUGAGUUUACGUUUAAUUUUCUCCAGAACGGGUUCUCAAGUCUAGUCAGUGUCUUAAAGCAAUCAUUAAUGAAUCAUCCGGAUGGAAUAAUUCCAGAGUCCCUCGAUGAUUCUUACUUUCUGUGGAGUGUUGCCUUCUUUCUCAAGUUUGCCCGCAGGAAGGAAAUAGAUUUCAAGAAAAUCAAAAAUGUGUUUACAGUAGAAGUGUUUGGAUUUCUUGUGUUUGAGGCAAUAAGUAAUGGAGAAGAUGUGCUCCUUUCAUACAAGAACAACAAAAACUACGCCCUUAGCAUGAGAAGGUUACAUCUGAGUGUGAGUGCCUUACGAGAAUUGAUAAAGACCUUGACAUUUCAUAGAGAGAGAGGACUAGAGAAGUCAGACCUUCAGUAUCUUGAGGAACUUCAGAGAAAUUUGGCAAAUAUGACAGAUUUACGGGAAGUAUUUUUGUGGUUAGUGCGCAUGUACCAGCCAGAUUGUCAUAACAUCCUGUUUCUUCGAGACGUCAUAGUAACAAACCACUACUUUCUGUUACUGUUAGAGGAGUGGAUUGGACGAGACUUGUGUCAGGACAAGAGGAUUGAUAUGCUGGCUCAUGUCAAACAAUUUGCAGAAACAGUGGUGAUGCAGAAAUACGGCUACUUACUACAGAACUUUGUACGCAAUGAUCAUCAUGUGAACAACUGUAUAUUUACCAUGAUGCAUCAUGUUGCCGGUGACUGUCAGAAACCAGAGGCUUUACUUCAAGCUGAUAUACUGAAAACAUUCCUACAGAUCUGGGAUACUGAAGUACCAAUUACACAGGAGAUGAAUGACCUUAUGGAAUACAUUAUCCACAAUUUCCUGUCAACAGCAGAGGAAAAUCCACUAUCAUGUGCCAUGCAGCUUUUUACUGAAAAUCCCAACACACAGGAAGGCAUGAAUGUUGAUGGAAAUGACUCUGAGGAAUCGGAUGACGAUGAGUGGACAGAGGAGGAGAUAGAUAAAGUGUUCAUGUGGUAUGCAGAGCUAGAGGGGUGCUCCGACAUGGUUGACAAAAUCACCAUCAUGUUCAGUGAGAUCGGCAUCAGGAAAUCAAAGUUAGAGGUUGUAAAUCACAUGGUAAAGAUGGGUUGGCUGGACUCGGAGCAACUAGAGACGUUUAUAGAUACUGAUAAACAAGAAUUGGAUAUUGAAUCUCCAAAACUUAAUAUAGGAGAUAAGAAACAGAAAAAGAUGAUAUCAAUCCUUGAAGAGCUCUCCAGGAUGAAGGAAGAACAGGUUGUUCCACAUUGUAUACAGAAAUUGAAGGAAGACGGCUUUGAAUCACAGCUUAAUUUCAUCCAAGCAAAUUUCUUAGAGGCAGCUUAUGUUAAGAUUGAUGGUGAGUUUAUGCAGAAGAAGUAUAUAGAGGAGCCAUUGUUCAAGUAUUGUCUUGGUAAAGGUAAAGAUUUACCGAUAGUCUUCUACAAUGAGGAGCAGGAGAAAAUACGUGACAAUGUCUAUAUGCUGGCUAUGCUGCAGCAGAUGGGGCUUCGACUUGAGGAGGAAACAGGACUUCUCUAUCCCAGAAUUCCCAGCAACAUGACCAUCCAGGAACUUGUUGACUUUGCAAGAAUGCUUGGAAAAAUUGAUAUGGAACAUGUGAAGUUUGACAUUGACACUGCUUCAAAACACAUCAGCAUGACGACAAAAAAUUCUGAGCGGCUGCCAUUUUCUGAAUUGAAUUCCAGGGCAGAUCAACUCGGAAGAAAGUCAGUGACAAAAGUGCCUGGUGUUGCCUGGAUGGAUCUGGUCGCAAAUUUCAACAAGGCAGAAGCAAACGCUGCAUAUGUUAACGCAAUGUCAUUAAAUAUGGACACAGAAUAAUCACAAACAAUGGACAUAAUUGACAAACAGAUAAUAACAGUGUGAUUACUACUUGCUAUAGUGAAUGGACAAGGAACGAGAUAGGUCUGGAAUUUAAGAUGUCACACACUUAGGUUAUAAGUUAACAGGAUGUCAUAGUAAAAAAAGAGUUAUUACAAAUUAUACUGAUUAACAAAAAAUACAAAAUAAAUAUGUUUGCAGAGGGAUUACCAAAUUGGAAUGAAAUGGAUAAAGACGAGGAUAUAUGGAUAAUGCUCUUUUGCCAUAUAUUUGGGACAAUUUAUAUAUAUUGUAACCUCUACAAUUGAAAUUUAUCAUGUAUAAGCUCAGGAAAGUUGAUAAAAAAUAUGUUGUUGUAAAGAGGGUACUUUAGAAGAUGUUGCUAGAAGUAAGUAGUAUCUAGAGACUAUAUAUACCUGAAGAUAUCACACCAUUUUUGUAUAAGGAGCUUACAUGUAUGUAUAAAAUUACCUGUCAAAAGCUGUUACAGAUGUGGGUAGAUAGUGUUGUUAUGUUGAUAUUUUCUUGCUAAAUGUCUGUAGUAAUUUGAAGAGGACAUUUUACUUGUUCUGGGAAGUUGUACACAUUUAUACUGGGAUAAUUUAUAUCUGAUGUUUACAAUAGGGGAUAUAUAUUACACUUUAUAGAUUUAACAAUUACAUAGCCAGUCAUUUUGGUCUCGAGAACAUUCCAGAGAGAAAAUAUUUUUGGGACCUAUUUGUUAGCUGAGUCACCUCUAGCAGUGGUUUAUAUUGCUGACAUUGACCCACUUGCUCCAUAUGUCUUUAAGUUCAAAUCCCAACCUGGUUGUCAUGUGAGUGGUCCUGCCAAAAAAUUGUGCUUCUGUGGAGGUGCACAAACUUGCCUGAAUUUCUGGGAGGGGUAUCUCGAGAUUUUCUCCACCAUAAAUACCAGAAAGAUUUUGUAUGACCUAAUUUGUAGUGAUGUGACUUGAAAUUAAACAACUACAAAAAAAAAAAUCAUUUUUUUUACAUUGGUGGACAAAUAUGAGAGACUGAUAAAGUAGAAACUGGAAGAAAAUUGUGGCAAAUUGUUUUUGGGGCACAAUCAUAUCCCUAGUGUACAUUUUACAGUAUACAUGCAUAGCUGUCACAGUCACAAAAAAUUACUGAUCAGUAAGUGUGCUUACAUUUAUUUGAUGAACUACUUUAUAUUAUGUUAUAAUUGCUUAUGUAAUUAGCUAUUUUACUGUUGUAACUGUUGAGCAUUGUUUGUAUCAUGCUGUUAUCAACUUCAUUUUUAGCUCAUCUGAUUUUUUGAAAAAAAAUGAUGAGUUAUUGUCAUCACUUGAGCGGUUGUCGGCAUCGGCGUCGGCGUCGGUGUCGGCGUCGGCGUCUGCGUCGGCGUUGCCUGGUUAAGUUUUAUGUUUAGGUCAGCUUUUCUCCUAAACUAUCAAAGCUAUUGCUUUGAAACUUGGAAUACUUGUUCACCAUCAUAAGCUGACCCUGUAUAGCAAGAAACAUAACUCCAUCUUGCUUUUUGCAAGAUUUAUGGCCCCUUUUGUACUUAGAAAAUAUCAGAUUUCUUGGUUAGGUUUUAUGUUUAGGUCAACUUUUCUCCUAAACUAUCAAAGCUAUUGCUUUGAAACUUGGAAUACUUGUUCACCAUCAUAAGCAGACCCUGUACAUCAAGAAACAUAACUCCAUCUUGCUUUUUGCAAGAUUUAUUGCCCCUUUUGGACUUAGAAAAUCAGUUUUCUUGGUUAAGUUUUAUGUUUAGGUCAGCUUUUAUCCUAAACUAUCAAAGCUAUUGCUUUAAAACUUGCAAUACUUGUUCACCAUCAUAAGUUGACUCUGUAUAGCAAGAAACAUAACUCUGUCCUGCUUUUUGCAAGAUUUAUGGCCCCUUUUGGACUUAGAAAAUAUCAGAUUUCUUGGUUAAGUUUUAUGUUUAGGUCAACUUUUUCUCUUAAACUAUCAAAGCUAUUGCUUUGAAACUUGCAACACUUGUUCACCAUCAUAAGCUGACCCUGUACAGCAAGCAACAUAACUCCAUCCUGCUUUUUGCAAUAAUUAUUGCCCCUUUUGGACUUAGAAAAUCAUUUUCUUGGUUGAGUAUUAUGUUUAAGUCAACUUUUCUCAUAAACUAUCAAAGCUAUUGCUUUAAAACUUGCAACAGUUUUUCACCAUCAUAAGUGGACACUGUACAUCAAGAAACAUAACUCUAUCCUGCUUUUUGCAAGAAUGAUGGCCCUUUUUAGACUUAGAAAAUCAUGGGUAGGACAAUAUUUCUAUUACACAAAAAAAAUCAGAUGAGCGUCAGCACCCGCAAGGCGGUGCUCUUGUUAUAAGUUUUAAUAACAAUUUUGUCUUUAUGACAAUUUUUACAUGUCUUUACUGCAUGUAUAAUUUUUAUUGUCAUGAUAGGUAUUAUAUUCUUUUGGCCCCAAAUCAGUUUUUUUUUAUUUAUUUGGAUAUUUAUCAUUGUAUAUAUAGGAUAUUUUUGUCAUAAAUAUUUAUAUGAUAAUUUUUAUUUCAUACCAGUUAGUACAAUUUCAUAUCUUUUUAAGUUAUUUUGAUAUGAGAACUUUUGUAAACAUUUUAAAUUAGAAUUAUACUGCUAUUUUUGGUUACAUUUUAUACAUGUAUGAUAAUUGUGGAGUAGGUAUUAACGGUUCAGGAUAAUUUGUCAGUUAUGGAGACCUAUUUGAACAUGUGUGUUUUACAAGUGAACCAAUUACUUUCAAGAAAAUUUAUAUAUUUCAUAAACUGGCAUAUCAUUAUUGGAACCAUAGCUGUGAUCACACAUAUAAAACAGUAAACAUGAAAAGCUUAUAUGUGAUAAAAAGAAUAUUAAAUUUGUGUCUUUCCACAUUGACUUUAUUAAACUCGUUGAAUAAAAUUGAAAAAAUACUUGGCAGGGCCUCGCAUUUUAUUUUAUUCAUCUUGUUUAAUGAAUUCAUUAUGAAAAGACAUGUAAUAUCCUCUUAUUUAUAUCAUUUUGCUUAAACUGACACAUUGUCCAAGAUGAUUAGUACUCAAGUGAUGGAAAAUUCAGCUAGUCGUUUGCUAUUUAUACCUUUUUUUUAUUCAUUUGUCUUGUUUUGCUACCUUUUGUAAUGCUUUUGAUAUUAAAUGCACAUUUUUGUCUUUAGAGUAAAGUUUAACACAUUAAAAGACACUAAUGCACUUCAGCUUCUUUAAAGUAUUAAUACCCUGGCUUCUAUCUAUUUAAUUUCAAUUACAGAUAAUGAUUCCCCGAUAGUUUUGAAAUAGUUUUAUUAAAAUGCUUUUUUUGUAGAAAUUUUUUCUUUUUUUUUGUAAAAUGAACUAGAAAAAAUAAUUUUUGACAACAAGUGCUGUAAAAUACAAUGUUACCAGUGAGACACUUGAUGAAUGUAUAUUCCUCAGUGACAUACUUUCAUCUUGUCUUGUAUCUCACUGACAGAUCUAUAACUUCUGUGAAGCCCUGUAUAAAAUGAAGAAAAAAAAACAUGAACAAGUAAUUUCAAUAAUUGUCUUUCCUGUUAUAUCAUUGUUGACUCAUGUUGAGUUUAUACUAUAUUUAAUCCACACAGACUGAUGUUAGUUUCUGUACAAAGUAGGGUCUUCACUAACUGUUGUAAUUUUGUUCAUAUGUGCUCAUUUGUACUGGUUUAGUUUGGUAUCCUCAGUACAUUGUCCAUGUAUGCCAAAAGAUUCUUCAAUUUCUGUAUUGCCUAAAGAUUUCGGACCCAGUCUUAAGUACAACUUUGAUAUUGACCAAUGGUAACAUUGCAUUAUGAGGGUUUUAUUCUGUAUUUGUAAAUAGUGAAUUUUGUUUUGUUUUUGUAAAUAGUGACUUUGGUUUCUUUUUAGUGUUAUAUUUUUCUGUGAUCAGUAGAAUUAGACUUUGGUUCUGUGGUAUCUCGGUACUUACUGUUUGGAAGGCAAUUAAAAAGACAAAUUAGAACAUGUCUCGUUAAUUUUGAAGAUGUUCAGAAGUCUUCUGAAAAAUAUAAAAUAAAUAAUAUCUACAUUCUAAAUGUCACAGGUUGCCUAUAAAUGACGAUAGCAACCAAAAAUAGCCAAGAAUCCUGAACGCUACAUAAUACCAAGGUUAGAGCUAAAACAUCCUGUAUGGAAGUUUGCUAAAGCAUCAGACUUAAAAGGCUUACUGUUGUGUAAUAAUGCAAAAUCAAAAUAAGCUGACAUCAUUUGUCAAACAACAGCUUUUCAAAACAUGGCAUUAUUUAAAAUGAACUGAAACUUUUAUCUCCAUUAAUUUUAUAGAUGUUGGGUAGAGUGUAACCAUUCAGUGUUGUCCGUUUAGUGCUACAGAUUCCAUAUGAACAUGAAAGCAAGUCUAAACCCAAAGUCUGUCAAUCUAUUUCAAUCUGUAUAUUUUCACAUCGAAAUCACUUUUGUAAAGUCAUGUCCUGUAUAUGCAUAAAAAUUAACAUGAUGGUAAAAUUUUAUUUAUUUUAUUUAUUUAUUUGGCUUCUCUGGUAGAACUGAGGUCGAACCUUCAAAGCAUACUCGUACUGUUGAAAAUAUUAUGAAUUGUAAACGAACAGUAAACCGGACUGGUAAUAUAAAUGUAAUCACAAAAUACACAACAUUACUAUUUCAGUAUUUUGCAAUUUGCCACAGUACCACAGGAAACAACAAAAUGACAUUUUAGCCACACAGUUUUGCAAAAAAGUAAAAGCUGUAGGUCAAGUUUGUCCACUAUAUUGUUUAAAAUGUAUGAUAUUAAAUAUAUUAAAAAAAAAACAGAUUUACAAAGUUUCCAGUGGCAACCAGGUUUCUUUUCUGGACUACAGAUUUUAAGUUGUUUUUUGUGGAUCAGAGAAAAUUUUGUAUACAUAGAUUUGUUGAGUUUUGUCAAUGUAACUUGUUGUAAAUGAAUUGUUAUUAAAAUUAAAAAUGAGA